GCAAGGCCCAGACAAGCAGAAGAGAGCAAGAAUCGUGGCCUUGCUGAUCUGGCAAAUUUAAACAUGUAAAUUGAAACAUGUCAUGAAACAUAGGUCACUAGGUAUGAUAUUAAGAAAUAUAGAUUAUGUAUUAUGUACAUUAUGUAUGCACAUUUGUGCUAUUCCUGCCUUCAGUUUCAUAUCUCACACCAAGGAAAGUCCAUAUAUAAUAUUUUAAACACAACACUCCCUCUUGGGCUGUGUCAGCAGCUAGAAUAUCGAAUAAAUCUGGUGCUCUUUUACUAUCUGCUAGUGCUCGUGUCAUAGGCAGAUCAGAUGGAGUAAGGCAGAUGGCUCUCUACCCUCAGCAACCGAGUCAACCAAAUGGCUCUUGUUUCAAGUCUUAUUCCAAGCAAGAAGGCAGCGCUAUAAUAGGACAACUGGGGCACUGCUGCAUUCCCUCCUAGGAGAUUUGGGUGGCAAAGACAAGCCCAGUGUGUUUGAAGUGAUGGACGUCCACACAUGGGCCAAGAGCAGAGCAGCAGGAGAAAAAAAAACAUCAUUUGCAGCCACUUGGGAUCAGAAAGAAGCAGACAAACACCUAUUGCAUGUACACUGACAAUACAUUAACAAGAGACAGUACAAAUUUCUGCUGUAUACUGAUUACUAAGGUAUAUUUAUGGAGCAAGGAAAGAAAAAACAUAAAACCGUGAUGAUACACUAAUUCACUUCCAAGGUUAAAAUGUAUGACUGGACACACAAGCAUGGCAUUUUGCAUGUCAGUGUGCAUGUUAAUAGUAAUAAAAGGAUUGUUAUAUUCUAAAGCCUAUAGUUUUCAACUAAAUGUCACCCUUAUAGAAGUGCAAAUGAAAUUAGAUUUAUGUGCAAAUAAAUGUAAUAAAUGAAACAGUGAUGAACGCUGAACACAGUUUGGCCAAAGAUUAAUUUUACAUUUGUAAGCAUUCUUUUAUUAAAUGUUGUAAAAAAAAAUAAAUAAAUAAAUAAAAAUAAGUAAAUAAAUAAAUAAAUAAGCUUUUGUUAAAAUAAAGCUAUAGAAGUAUGGGACAAAUAUCAAAGUAAUUUAAAUGAAGAGUUCAGUUCUAACAAUAACAUUAUCUCAGUAAUAUAAAUUAUUCGGAAUAUAAAUUAUUAUAUUUUUUAUUCAUAAACAGUUUAAUAAAAUAACUGAAAAAGUCCUUAUUAUGAAAAAUUAUAAAUAAAACAUAUGAAUCUAAUCAGAACUAUAUUAUUAUCCUAUUCACCUGUAAGAUAAAGUUACGUAUUGCUAUUUCGGCCGUCUGAAAGCCACUCACCGUACCUGAGACUGAUGCUGGCCCACAGCGACAUUCAACUGUUUGCUAAGAAAGAAAAUGCUUCCAGCUUCAAGGUGACUAGCUAUGCUGUGUAGAUAGCAGUGUCCCAGAGUUUCAGAAGCAGCAUAAGCAAUCACAUAAGGCUAUUUCAACAGAGCAAGCAUGACCCAUGUCUUUAUUAGGUUAGAAAAUUGUUGUAGUAUGAAGCAAGUUGUGCAAUGUUGUAGGAAUGGAGAUUUCACAAUGCUAAACUGGAGGUUAUAAGCUGCUCUUACUUGCUAGCCACAUUAGCCUCAUAGCUUCGGUACAAAGAAGUAUUAAAGUAUUAAUACAAAGUAUUAAAGAAAUAAACAUCAAAUGGAAACAUUUUGUCUGAAGGGGUAAAGGGCAAGGGGAAAUUGUGUAUUAAACAGAGUAUUUAAUGUAUAUAAAAAAAAUGUGUGUUUGUGUAAUUUUUGUGAUUGUUGGAUAAGAGUGAUUUGUGUCAGAGGUGUACUUUAAACAACAAAAGUUGUGUCUGCACUGAUGGCACAUAAGGUAGUUCUUGAAACUCCACAAGUUCACGUCAUAAUAUCAUUUUAAAUGACACAAGAGCAUUGUUUCAAAAACAGAAAGAAAGAGGGAGAUAGCCUGAUGAGUACAAUACAUUCACAAUACUGCUACAUUUGCAUCAUGGCUUUCAAAGCACUAACUAUUGCUUUUGACAAGCAAAACACUCUGUAGCUUGAUGGUUGUAAUCUGUGAUAACAGUCCAUAAAUAUCCUGAUUAUGUGUUAAUGCUUUCUCACUUUGCUUCGCUUUAUCACGCCUCCCUUCAGUAGUCGCUCUAUUUUAGAUCCUGCACUGGUGACAUGACAGGAGCUGGGCUUUGUGUUGCUUCCAAAAUAUGCCAAGCAGUUAGGAUACAGAGUUUUAGCCAUGUACAUGCAUUAGCCUUUACUAUAGAUAAUGAACAUUUAGUGGCUCAGUUAUUCACAUUUGUGGCAGAGUCUAGAUCAGUUGGCCAUGUUGGGCGAAAUGCCAUUUUUCAGUGAGUAAGGUUCAGACAAUUUGAUGCUCUAAUAUCUAGUUGUAUUUAAUCAGUAGUUAUUAAUAAAUGUUUAAAUCAUCUCAGUUGUCUAAAUGGUUCCAGCAAAAAUCCCAGAAGUAGAAAAUCCAAACAUUUCCAAACAACUUUGCAAAAUAAGGGAGUGAGCGAAUGACAUAUUCCAGCCCAGGACUUAUUACUUUUUUUACAGUGAAUCAUUUCUGGCACAUUUUGGUGCUGGUAUUUCUUGGGAUGUGCACAUCUUUGGAGCAUCCAGACACACUCUUCAUACAGGUAAGAGGGGAUGAGCCGUCUCCUGUACAGGAGCCAGCCUCAGAACUGAAAUAUGCAGCAAUAGGAAUAGGGAUCGGGAUAUUUCUCUCCAUCUGCUUCCUCGCAAUAAAGAUGUACAUGAUCAAAAGACACAUUCUGGACAAUGAACAGUCACAGGAUUCAGUAAGAGCAUUUUCACGAAGUAUUGAUGGUGAAAGCAGGACCUGAUUAAUGAAGCAAAACCCGGUCACAGAAGGGAUAAGCUAUGGCUCAGCACAGACUUUAUGUUAUUAUGUAAUGUUUGUAAUGUCUGUAAUGCCUGUAAUGCUAUUUUGUUAUUCCUAUUAAGGAAACUAUAUCCUUUAAAUCCUUUCAAAAUCGUUUAUUUUGGGAAAUCCAUUUAGAAAACUGUUUGCUCAUGCAUUAGACCUGUUUGCUCAUUUAUUAUCAUUUUUUUACUGUAACUGACAAACUAUUCAAUAUGUGAUAUAAGAUGUCCUUGUGAAAAAUCCUUGUGAA